AGUGUCAACCAUCCAACCCCAACAUAGAAAAGAGACCCCCGCGAAGCUUCCUAUCUCUUGAGCAAGCUCACUUUCCCUUUUUCACUUUUCAGAUUUCCUUCUUCAAACCAAACCCCAUUUUAAACACACUAUCCAACACCAGCUAUAUAUAAUUAUUGUGUUCUGCUUAUGCAACACACUCCUCACCGUGUGCUUUGUUUUCCUUUCCGCUCAACAAAGCAGCAGCUUCUGUUUCUUUUGCAUUUUGAGUCUCAAGUUUUAUGUUGGUUUCUAAAGGAUAGAUUGUUAAGCUAUGAGGGUCAUUUCAAGUUUGCAGCUUUAGGCCCCGUUUGGAAGAGCUUAUUUAGCUUAUAUGAUACCUUAAACGCUUGUUUGUUUUCUCCAAAUUUGUGGUCAAUGGAACAUAGUUUGAAAAGAAAGUACCCUGAAAAUGGAGAACAACUAUUCUUCAACAGUUUUUCCCUCGAUGACCUUAACGGAGAUCUUUUUGAAAGGGUGCUUUCAUGGCUACCAACUUCCAGUUUCCUCCGCCUUACUUCGGUGUCCAAAAGAUGGAAAUCGGCUGCUGCUUCUCCGAGUUUCAAGCUCACCUGCUCGCACAUUCCUUCGCGCGAUCCUUGGUUUUUUAUGGUUGCACCCAGCCUUAACCAAUCUGUUAUCUUUGAUUCUGCUGAAAACAGUUGGAAAAGGCUCAAUCAUCCCAGUCCUCUGCGUGACGAUUCUAACAGAAGUUGCAUGCCUGUUGCAGCCUCUGGUGGCCUGGUUUGCUACCGCAAAUGGUCCGGAGACUUCAUUGUUUGUAAUCCGGUGACCGGAUCUUGCAGUGAACUCCCUCCAUUGCAUCUUUCGUUGGAAAAUCAAUCUCUCAAUGCUGUUGUUAUGAGUAAAACAUCCAAAGACCAAUUGUCCUACAAGAUUAUAUUAGUCUUUGGUGAACUCCCAAAUAUUUUGUUUAAAGUCUACAACUCAAGCUCUGGUUGUUGGGAAGAUGAGACUGCACUUAGCAGAAAAUUUGAUGAUAAUACCGUGGAUUGUGAUUCAAAUGAUGACAAUGUUGUGUACUUCCUCAGCAAAGCUGGAAAUGUUGUGACGAGUAGUAUGCAGAGAAGCCCGUCUAAGCAAUAUUCAUCGGUAAUUGCUAACAAAGACGGUGAGGAGAUAGUCUAUUUUCUUAGUUCCACGGGUAUGGUCAUCGCUUGCAAUUUGACAUGCAAGUGCUUCUUUGAGUACCCUAUGUUAUUGCCUGUUUUUAGUGAGUACUCCAUUGAUGUUGUGGAGUGUGAUGGUGAGAUGCUAGUUGUUUUGUUAUCGGAAUUCUUCGAAACUGUGAGUCUUAGAGUGUGGAAAUAUGAUGAGGCUAAUCAAUGCUGGCAACAGAUUGCAGUGAUGCCUGCAGCAAUAUCCCAUAAGUGGUUUGGAAAGAAGGCAGAUAUUAAUUGUGUCGGAGCCGGUGACCGGAUAUUCAUAUGCUUAAACUCCCCGGCGUUAUGCACUUACAUUAUGUGCGAUUUGGCAACCAACAAAUGGGUUGAAUUGCCAAAAUGUUGCAUAAAUGGGGAAAUCAUGGAGUUCAUGUCUGCAUUUUCAGUUGAGCCGAGGAUAGAGGCUUCUGUGUGAGUGACAAUAAAAUGCCAUAUCAUGGUAUCUUGAUUUUGGUUACCAUCCUUUACUGUGAUCUGUUAGCUUAAAUUUUCUUUAUUUGUACUUAAUUUUUCAUGCAAAAUAGCUAGUACUGGUAGAGAUUGGUAUGAAAAAUUGGAGAUGGAAGCUAACCAAAUGAUUGAUUGCUAACUGAUAUAUUGUAAUUUACUUCAUUGAUCUUUAGAUGUACACUGUAUUCAGUGAUUGGUAUUAAUAAUGAAUGUCCGUAUUGAUGAUUCUUUA